UCGCCGCCAGGCAGCGGCCGCUCGGGCGGUGCCUGCUCGCCGCCGCCCGCCCUCAGUGCCGUCGCUCCCCGCGGGCGAGGGAGUCCGUAAGCGGCGGCGGAGGCGCCGCGGGGCGGGCGGGCUGAGCCGAACGCGGACGGGGAUGUAAGAGGCGGCGGCAACGGUUCCCAUCGCGGAGAGCCUGCGGUUGCGGUCGAGAUCAUCAGAGCUGGUCAGAAAGAGCUGGUAUUUAGCUAGGCUGAAGGUUUUGGAACGGAUGUUGGAAGAUGUUAGCUGUGGAUACUGGGCUUGUGGAGGAGUGGUUAUCAGAGUUCAAGACGCUGCCAGAAGCAUCCAUAUCCAGCUAUGCUACAAACCUGAAAGACAAGAGUGCUCUGAUUUCAUCUCUUUACAAAGUAAUUCAGGAACCACAAAGUGAACUUCUGGAGCCUGUCUGCCAUCAGCUCUUUGAGUUCUAUCGCAGUGGUGAGGAGCAAUUACUACGAUUCACACUGCAGUUUCUGCCAGAACUGAUGUGGUGCUAUCUUGCUGUCUCAGCCAGCAGAGAUUUGCAGAGCAGUGGCUGUAUAGAGGCCCUUCUUCUAGGAGUGUAUAACUUGGAGAUAGUUGACAAAGAGGGACAUAGUAAAGUGCUGAGUUUCACGAUUCCAUCUUUGUCCAAACCUUCAGUGUAUCAUGAACCUUCCAGUAUUGGCUCCAUGGCUCUUACUGAAGGAGCUUUAUCCCAGCAUGGUUUGUCCAGGGUUGUGUACAGUGGACCUCAUCCUCAGAGGGAGAUGUUGACAGCACAGAACAGGUUUGAAGUGUUGACUUUCCUUCUGCUCUGCUACAACGCUGCCUUAAGCUACAUGCCUGCAGUUUCUCUUCAGUCAUUGUGUCAAAUUUGUUCAAGAAUUUGUGUCUGCGGAUAUCCUCGCCAACAAGUGAGAAAGUAUAAGGGAGUAAACAGCAGGAUUCCAGUUUCAUCUGAAUUCAUGGUGCAAAUGCUGACAGGGAUUUAUUAUGCCUUUUAUAAUGGAGAAUGGGAUCUGGCUCGUAAAGCUAUGGAUGACAUUCUGUAUAGAGCACAGCUGGAACUGUAUCCAGAACCUCUGCUGGUUGCUAAUGCAAUAAAAGCUUCACUGCCUCAGGGUGCCAUGAAGUCUAGUAAAGAUGGUACAAAAUGCAUUCAGGUUGAAAUUACACCUACUUCAUCCAGGAUAUCAAGAAAUGCUGUGACUAGCAUGUCUAUCCGAGGGCACAGAUGGAAAAGACACGGAAAUACAGAUUUAGGAAUUGAAGAAGAGCUGAUAGAAGUAUCUGAAACUGAUGAAGGGUUUUACUCUAGGGCUGCUUCUAGCACAAGUCAGUCUGCCUUAUCUAACAGCAGCAACACGAGCAGUAAGAACCUUUUAGGGAAGAGCCAACGAAGAUCUGGAGGAAGCAAAGCUGGAGGAAGAGAAAAAGAAGGAGAAACCUGCAGAGAACACUUGUCACGAAAGCAAACUCAGAGAGCCCUGAGUGAGAAUCUAGAGCUUGUCUCUUUGAAGAGACUGACACUGACAACAAGCCAGUCCCUGCCUAAACCUGGUAGCCAUAGUUUGGCCCGAACUACCACUACUGUGUUUAGUAAAUCUUUUGAGCAGGUCAGUGGUGUCACAGUUGCGAAUAACCGUGGAGGUGUGUCUGGUACAGAGGCAAACAGGUUCUCAGCUUGCAGUCUGCAGGAGGAAAAACUUAUUUAUGGAACAGAAAGAACAGACCUCCCAGUAUUAAGCAAACAACCUAAUCAACAGCGACCUCCUAGUAUUAGUAUAACUCUGUCAACAGAUUAAUAUCCUUACAUUGGCAAAAUGAAAUAUGGGGUUUUAUGCCGAUACUGGUACUGUACCUUAAGCUCCUCAGUACGUUCUACGUUACUUUCUUAAACCUCAAACCUGUAAAUUCUUAUUCUGAUCACAUUUGACAGUAGUGGUAAAUAGUUCUAAUUACUCCGCAUCAACUUCCAAUAGGUUGGAAAGUUCCUCUUUGACUUCCCGUAUUUAUCCUUCACUUGCUUAUGACUUCAUGCAGAGUUUACGGCUUUACCGAAUUAACAAAUAUUGUUUGUUUAGCUACUGACCAAGAUGUCUGGCUUUUUAGAAAUGCACUAUAUGGGAAUGAAGAGAUCCUCUAUCCCAGAUUCUACUAUUCACUACUACUUAGCAUACACAAAACUGCAAGUAUCUCUUUUAAGAGGAGCCUUACAGCAUUUUGGAAAGGCAUUGUAAGAAUAUAAACGCUCUCCUGUGAGUUAUGAGAAGGGUGUACUUAUAUGUAAGGUUAAAACUAGAAGCAUCAGUUAGUGUUUGAUGUUAUGGUGGGUUUUGUUAGUAUACAUUGCAAUGUUCAUACUUCUGUAUGCCUAUAUGUGUCUGAAGUAAAGAUGCAUUUUGUUUUAUAUAAAUGUUUGAAACUGGGCCAAAUGUCAUAUAGUAGCAGUACUCGUUGAUGGCAGUUCUUAUCAGCUGCUGUAAUAGUCACUUUUCAGACAAGUGUGACUGACUUGGUAUUCCUUUCAGUUUCUUAAAUGUUGAGCACAAAACUUCUCAUAGAAAAGUUGCUGACAUCAGUAUUUGUAUUAUUUACGAGGUAGAGAUGUGCUUAUGUAGAGGUAUCAUGUAGAAAAUGAGGUAUGAGCCCUUUGCACUGAAUCAAGCAAUUCAGGAGUGUAACUGCAUUUAACGUGAACUUGUUACUUGAGACUAAUAGUACCAAAGGAUGUGUACUUUCAGAAACUUGCAAGCACAAAGGGAAAUUAUAAUGUAAAUGUAACUAGCAGUGCAGUUGCUAGUGUUUUGUAUCUAUUAUUUUUCUAGUUAGAAAUUGUCAAAGUGUAACAUGUUCUAAGUUACCUGCCCUUAGUAUGGUCACCUUGUUUGAUACCAAUUUUUAUAAGCUUCAGGCUUUACUUAAAAAUAAACAUUAAAACUGUUUAUGCAGAAAUUUGGAGAAGCAAAAUCAGUGGCAGAGAGACAGCAAAUCAUUGUGCGUGUGGAAUCAGGAUGAGGAUCUAAUGCCUAGUCAUUCCCAACAGUCCAGAUUUCUGCAGCUAGUGAUCCUUUGUUGUCAAGAAUGUAGAAGGACCACGGAACAGACCCAAACACUAACGUUCUGGUGGACCUUCUGAUCUGCCUAGAGAUGAGUGUCGGCGUCCCUUUUUAACUUAAACUGAAGCACAAGUACCAUUUAAGCAGCUAAUGUUAUUCAGGUUUAUAGUUGAUUGAUUAAUGAAGAGAGAUGAGAUGACGUAAUUUCUAGGGGGUUAGUUGUAUAAUUCUACUUCUAAGACAGAUAACUAGUUAUGUACAUUUCAUAAUCUUCCUUCAACUCGGCGAGGUAGCUGCAGCAGUCUGUGGGUGUUUGUCUUCAGCUGAGCCUGAGUGUAAAUGAAUGUGCCACACUUUCUCAUAUUCUUCAGUUCAUUGAAUGACACUGUUUUGUUUUAGCAAUGUAGUAUUUCACCUUCUCACAGUGAAAUGUCUUCUGAAUUGUAUAUGAAAAUUUACAUUCCUAUUGUACAAACUAAAGACUUGUCUUGUUUAGUGUUUAAUACUUCAGCCAGUAAAAUAAACUGGUGGUUUUUGAAAUUGUA